CCGCGCGCCAUGGACAGUGCUGCGCCCCGCGAGCCCGGGGCCACCGAGCCCCCCGCCCGCGCGCGCCCGCGCCUAGUGUUCCGCACGCAGCUGGCGCACGGCAGCCCGACCGGCAGGAUCGAGGGCUUCACCAACGUCCGCGAGCUCUACGCCAAGAUCGCCGAGGCCUUCGGCAUCGCGCCUACCGAGAUCCUAUUCUGUACCCUAAACAGUCACAAAGUGGACAUGCAGAAGUUGCUGGGGGGACAGAUUGGGCUGGAAGACUUCAUCUUUGCGCACGUGCGUGGAGAGACCAAAGAAGUGGAGGUCACCAAAACGGAGGACGCUCUAGGACUGACCAUCACAGACAAUGGGGCCGGAUACGCCUUCAUCAAGAGAAUCAAGGAAGGCAGCAUUAUCAACAGGAUUGAGGCGGUGUGCGUGGGAGACAGCAUCGAGGCCAUCAAUGACCACUCCAUUGUGGGCUGCCGGCACUACGAAGUGGCCAAAAUGCUACGGGAGCUGCCCAAGUCUCAGCCCUUCACCCUGCGUCUAGUGCAGCCCCGGAGAGCCUUCGAUAUGAUUGGCCAAAGGAGCAGGAGCAGCAAGUGUUCCGUGGAGACUAAAGUGAGCAGCGGGAGGGAGACCCUGCGCCUGCGCUCCGGGGGCGCUGCCACAGUGGAGGAGGCGCCCAGCGACGCGGAAGCGGCAGCGGCGCGCAGGGUGGACGACUUGCUGGAGAGCUACAUGGGCAUCCGAGACCCCGAGCUGGGUAAGCGGCGCGGCGGCCGCGGUGGUGGAGACUGCUCGGAGCUCGGCAGGAGCCCAGGCCUUCGCACGCGGCCUGGACGCCGUUCUGGGCGAGUUCGCCUUUCCAGACGAAUUUGUGGUGGAGGUGUGGGCAGCCAUUGGCGAGGCUCACGACGACGCUUGUGGCUAACGUGUGUGGGAGUCUCUAGUCCUGGGCCCAGCCCCCUGCCCCAGCGCCACUCCAGAACCCAGGACAGACCUGAGACAUGGCCCGCCACCAGAACCCGACCCAGUUCUGAGAUCCAGGCCCACCCUGAGGCCCAGCCUGGUUCUAGCACCCAGUUCAGCUCUGAGACUCAGCCGGAACCCCAUCUUGGUUCUGGAACCCAAGUUAUCCCCGAGGCCCAGUCUGGCUCUAGAACCAAUAUUGAGGUCCUGCCCAGCUCUAGAACCCAACCCAGUUCUUUGACCCAGGCCCAUCCUGAGGCUCAGCUUGGUUCUAGCACCCAGUCAGAAUCCCAGCCUGAUUCUGGAACCCAGGUUAGCCCCAAGGAAAGGUCCUGCUCUAGAACCAGAAUUGAUGUCCUGCCCAGCUCUAGAACCCAUUCUGUGACCCAGGCCCAUCCCAAGGCCCAGCCUGAUUCUAGCACCCAGCUCAGCUCUGAAACCCAGCUGGAAUCCCUGGCCAGCCCUGAACUCCAGUCCUGUUCGAAAACCAAAAUUGAAGCCCAGGGCAGCUCUAGAACCCGACCCAGUUCUCUGACCCAGGCCCACCUCGAGGCCCAGCUUGGUUCUGUAACCCUGGUUGUCUCUGAAGUUCAGCCAGCCUUUAGAUCCCAGCCUAGUCCUGGGAUACAGUCUGACUCCAGAACACAUGUUGGCCUCGAGGCUCAGGCUGUCCCUGGAACUCAGAGCAGACCCAAGCUUGAGCCCUGUUCUAAGAUUCAUCCUAAAUCUGACUGCCAACCCAUCCCUAGAACCCAGGCUGGCUCUGAGGCCACGCCCCAUUCUGAAGCCCACUCCCGACUUAGUACCCAAGCCAGCCCUCAGGUCAACUUCUGCUCCAAGCCCACUUCUAGAACACAGGCAGGCUCUGAGGGUGGCCUUGGUUCUAGAACACAAACUCACCCAGAUAGGAAGCCAUGCCCUAGAGCCCGGUCAGACACUGGGACCAGCCCUGAAGCUGAAGCCCAGGUCAUGACUGACCCCCAGCCUUCCAGAAUGCAGCCACGCCCUGCCCCACAGCCACACUCAACCAAGACAAACGUUAAGAUACAGCUGGGCUCAGAGCACCCUCCCAGCUGCCAGCCCGGGUAUGAGACAGCUGCCACCAUGGCCUGGCCCUUCCCUGAUACUUGGAGUGGUUCAGGGGGAAUGGCUAGCUUGGGACCCCAAGCAACGUCCAGCAAACCACUGGCUGACGGAACCCAAGCAGGCUGGAGUAGCCAGCAAUCUUCCACACCGCUGCCGAGUGCAGGCCCCCAGAGCCAUACUGCUGCCUGGUCCAAACGCAAAUCUCAGCCCUGUUCCCCAGCACAGCUGCCUGCCAGAGCUUCCCUACGCCCUGGACCCCAGGCUAGCCCUGGUGAUGAGUCUGAGGCUCAGCCAGGGGGCAGGGGCAGGACUACUCUGACAGCAGAGACCCACUCCCAAAUGCCAUGCACUCCUGAAACGAGGCCCAGCUCCGGGAUGUCUCCCGGCACCAACCCCACCCCUCCCAGAAGACAGCGUGCAGGCUUCAGGGCACAGUCUGACUGUGGGACCCAGACCGACUUCCAGGCACGGUCUAGCUCCGGAGCCCACGCUGGUUGGGCCAGACAUCGAAGGUCCCAGCUACAGCCAUUGGCAGAGAAGGAGCCCAGCUACAGGUCCCUCUCUAGUUCUGGGGACAGAAAGCAGCUCCCGGCGACAGCUGGAGCCAGCAAAGACCCCCAGCAGGACACAGGACAGUGGCUUGGCUCUGGGGCCCACUCGGCCUCGAGAACCCAAUUCAGUCCUCAGGUUCCAUCACACGCUGGAGCCCAGCCCAGCGCUGCGAAGGAUUCCAGUUCCAGAACCCGGUCAGGCCCCGGCCCCAGCCCCGGCCCCAGCAGCUCUGGAAAGCAGCCCAGCGCGGGAGCCCGGCCCCUUAGCUCUAGAGACAGUCGCCGCCCACAGCCCCCUGGCCUUGAGCCUAUAAAGGAGCCUGGGACCCUGGCACGAUCUCAGUCUUCAAGCCCACUGACCCCCAGAGCCGUCACCCCUGCCCCGAGCAAGGAUGGUGGGCCUUGGCCUCAAGAUGGAACCCAGGCCACAGCAGGCCCCAGGCCGGGGCCCCCACCCUCCCUCCUGAGCUCUGGGUCACCAGUCCCAGACACCCCUCAGAAGCCAGCCCUUUUUCCCAAGCCCCAGCUGGGAUGCCAGAAGCCCACCCCACCCUCCAUAUGCGUCACUCCUAGCCCCUCCCCCGGUCUGGAUCUCUUCCCCCACCCCAGCCAGUGACCUGACUCAUCCCAGCAGGCGUGUAGGGCUGUAGAAACUGAGGCUUGGGUUUCAGGAGCCUGGCUGCGAACCCCAAAUCCCCUGUAAGAGGAUCCAGUCACAGAAGGCACGGGUGGGAGACCCCUGGGAGACCUUGCUGGGGA